CACCGGAGUUCCUGUGUUCUUCACUCCAAGCCAUCUGCUCAAUAUCUUUGACCUUCUCCAAAAGCGUUCUGGUUAUGCUUCAAGCUUUCCGACUUUCAAGCCAACAUCUUGCGCCAGUCCUUUGAGAAAAAUGCUGCCCAUCUUCCUCAUCCUUGCCUUCGCCCCGUCUCCGAAUACUGCCCUGCACCCUCCCCUGAGCUCCUCAUGCCAGACUGAGAAAGAGGCCGAGUGCAGAAAGCUCCCGUUUGUACCCGGCCACAACCUUCUGGGCGAGGGACUGGAUAUCGUGACCAUGAAGAAGACCAGAGCUUCCGUACUGGACCUUGAAGAAUACAUGAAGCAGAAGACGUGCACCGUAUGUAAGAAUCCUCACCAAAAAAUGGCUCGGCAAAAGUUGCCACAGUCUCUCGUGGACUGGAAGCCACAAUAUUCCUGCUCGCGGAAUAUCAUCAGCGAGGUCUCCCGCUCUACGGUUUCUCUGGCUGAGGAACUGGCCUCGUCCUUGAAGAACGAGUGGCAGGCAGGCUUGGAACUGGAACACUUAAAAGCCAAUGCCAAACUGGUGCUCGCUGGGUCUCAAUCCCAGCUAAACCAGUUCACUCAGCAAAAGACCAGCUCAGAUCGGUACAGCUUCGUCAAGCAGCGACUCCGCUGCACCUAUUACAGCUUCCGCCUCAGACACAAACCUCCCCUGAGUAAGCAUUUUAAGGAGGCUCUGAUGGCUCUGCCGAAUUCCUAUGACACAAACACCAAAUCGGAGUAUCAACAAUUCAUUCGAAGCUUUGGCACCCAUUAUAUCAACCAGGCCGAAGUCGGGGGAGAGGUGAUAGACAUCACCGCUGUCAAGACCUGCCGAAUGGCCAUCAGCGGGGUGUCGGUGGACGAGGUGAAGGAUUGUCUUAACAUGGAGUCUUCAGUAACUGUCACCGGGAAGGGGGCCGCCAACGCCAUGUACAAGGCUUGCAAGGAGCUGAGCGAGAAAGCAACCCAAGGAGACAGUUUUCACCAAACCUUCAAUGAGAGAACAUGGCAGGUAUCUGGUGGCAAAGUCACCUUCGACCUACUUUCUUCAGAUGGUAAAAAUGAAGGAAGUGCUGCCAUAUUUGAGGCCUGGAUGGAGAGUCUAAAGUCGCACCCAGAUGUCGUAGCCUACUCCGUGGAGUCAGUCCACAAUCUGGUUCGCUUUAACGGUCCCAAAAAAGAGAACCUGAGAAAGGCCAUUAGCGAAUACAUCAUGGCCAAUGCUCUAAGGAUGAACUGUUCCUGCCCCGGGGCUACCUACCCCAGUCACGGGGCCAAGUGUUCUUGUUUUUGUCUGGAAAGUCAAAAUACGAAUUCCAACUGCUGCCCGACCAAGAAAGGACUGGCCAAGCUGGUGGUGACUGUGCAACAAGCCAAAGGUCUUUGGGGUGACUACACGAGUAAGACGGACACUUACGUGAAGAUCGGUUUUGGUAGAGCAGAAGUUAUCGCGCCAACCGUAUGGAACAACGACAAUCCCACCUGGAACCUCCGCUUUGACAUGGGCACGGUGGAGAUCAAUGCCCUUAGCAACCUCAGGGUAGAAGUUUGGGACGAAGAUAAUAAAUAUGAUGAUGACCUCCUUGGGAAAUGCAAUAAACCCCUGACCAGUGGAGAAGCAGCUCAUGUCUGCUAUUUACAACAUGGCCAUCUCAAUUACAAGGUGAGCGUGACAUGCGCGCCUCACCUGUCCGGACCCCUCUGCCAGGACUAUGCGGCUGCGAGGGACUGGAAUACCUAACAGGAGGUCUCAGGCGCAAGUACCCUGCUAAUUAGCCAUUAGGCUGGUAGCUUCACAGCUUCUCGAGCCCAUAAAGGGGUCACCAGCUCGCCAUUCUGCCCUUAUUUAUAUAGUGCGGGGUAAAGGGGGGUCCUACCUUUAGUAAGCGAUGCGUUUAUUUCUCUGCUUUGAGUAAAAGGACAUAUUUUAUCACCUAAAUAUAUAUUUUUUUCUUGGGGCCCAAAUAUCCCUGUCACUUUACGAGGGGCCCACUUAUGCAAAUGGGAAACCAUAAAAUUAUUUAAAAUACCGAUAUCCUUCAAUAAACGAAAUGCACUGAAAA